AUGGCGCCGUGGACAUUCUGGCGCUGCUGCCAGCGCACGGUGCGCUGGGUGCUGGUGCUCUUCAUCACCUUCGUGAUAAUAUCCUGGUCCUACUACACGUACGUGGUGGAGCUGUGCGUGGUUACUCUUUCUGGAAAUGGAGAGAACGGAAAGGCCGUUGUUUACCUUGUGGGUUUCCAUCUGUUCUUUGUUACGUUUGUAUAGUCCUAUUGGAUGACAAUUUUCACAUCUCCCGCUUCCCCCUCCAAAGACUGCUACUUGUCCAGUUCUGAAAAGGAACGUUAUGAAAAGGAAUUCAACCAAGAAAGACAACAAGAAAUUUUGAGAAGAGCAGCAAGUGACUUACCCAUCUACACCCUGUCAGCUGCAAGGACCAUCAGAUAUUGUGAAAGAUGUCAGUUGAUUAAACCUGACCGUGCGCAUCACUGCUCAGCAUGUGACAUAUGUGUUCUUAAGAUGGAUCAUCACUGUCCUUGGGUGAAUAACUGUGUGGGAUUUGCUAAUUAUAAAUUCUUCCUGCUGUUUUUAUUGUAUUCCCUAUUAUAUUGCCUUUUCGUGGCUACAACAGUUUUACAGUGCUUUAUAAAAUUUUGGACGAAUGAACUCUCAGCUACACGUGCAAAAUUCCACGUACUUUUUCUUUUCUUUGUGUUUACAAUGUUCUUCAUCAGCGUCCUGUCGCUGUUCAGCCACCACUGCUGGCUAGUUGGGAAAAAUAGAACAACAAUAGAAUCAUUCCGUGCACCCACAUUUUCCUAUGGACCUGAUGGAAAUGGUUUCUCUCUUGGAUGCAGUAAAAAUUGGAGACAAGACUUUGGUGAUGAAAAGAAAUAUUGGCUACUUCCAAUAUUUUCAAGUUUGGGUGAUGGUUGCAGUUUCCCAACUCUCCUGGUGGGGAUGGAUCCAGAACAAGCUUCUGUUUCACAUCAAAACAAAUAUGCCAGAAGUAUUGGCUCAAAUCAACCCUUUCCUGUCAAACCACUUAGUAAAUCGAAAAACCGGUUAUUGGACAGUGAGUCUCAGUGGCUAGAGAACGGAUCUGAAGAAAGCACCGUAAGAUCAGGGACAAAUAACCAUGUUACAGUGGCAAUAGAAAAUUGAGUACCACUUGUUCAUAACUAACCAAUUGAAUAAGAGCAAGGUUUAUAAAAACAUAUUAUGGACUGAUAUUUUCAGUUUUAUUUUCAAGAAAAUGAUCAAUAGAAUGAAAUAAUUGAAGUCUAAUGGAAGAUGUAUUUUUUAACAAAGGAAGCCUUUGUGCAGAUCCUGGACCCA